AUGUCGCAUUCACCUUUGACACCAGAAGAAAAAUAUGAACUUAUCACAAGGAACUUGCAAGAGGUUAUCGGUGGUGAAGAAAUCAUGAAGAUACUCCGUGAGAGAGAUAUCAAACUCUACUGGGGCACAGCACCUACUGGGAAGCCACACAUGGGCUAUUUCGUUCCUAUGUCGAAAAUAGCAGACUUUCUUGCGGCUGGCGCAGAGGUGACUAUUCUAUUAGCUGAUAUUCAUGCGUUCCUCGAUAAUAUGAAAGCCCCUUUGGAAUUGGUCAAGCAUCGCACAAAAUAUUAUGAAGAAUUAAUAAAGAGUACUCUUGAAUCGAUUGGGGUAUCCAUUGAAAAGUUAAAGUUCAUAAUUGGAUCAAGUUAUCAACUAUCAGAGAAAUAUACUAUGGAUACUUACAGGCUCGCUGCUAGCGUAACCGAACAUGAUGCAAAAAAAGCAGGCGCAGAAGUCGUGAAACAAGUAGAUUCUCCCUUGCUAUCGGGUCUUCUCUAUCCCGGACUUCAAGCUCUGGAUGAAGAAUACUUGCAAGUCGAUGCUCAGUUUGGUGGCGUCGAUCAGCGAAAAAUCUUUGUGUUUGCCGAUAAAUGCUUGCCGAAUCUCGGUUACAAAAAACGCGCCCACUUGAUGAAUCCAAUGGUGCCUGGUCUCCAAGGAUCAAAAAUGUCUUCGUCCGAUGUUGACUCAAAGAUCGAUCUUCUUGAUGAUAAAAAAACAGUUGCGCGUAAACUAAACAAGGCAUUCUGUGAAGAGGGUAAUGUUGACGAUAAUGGUAUUCUCGCUUUCAUCAAGUCAGUUGUGUUUCCACUAGGAUCGCUCGGUGGCAACAACCCUCAGUUUAUAAUCAAACGCUCCGAGAAGUUUGGUGGCGAUGUUACUUACACAGAUUACCAGCUAUUAGAAGACGAUUUUCGCGACAAAAAGGUCCAUCCCGGUGAUUUGAAAGCCGCAGCAAUUGAAGCGAUUAAUAAUUUAUUGGAACCAAUUAGACAAAAAUGGGCAAAUGAUCCUAAGCUACCAGAAUUAACCAACUUGGCAUAUCCAUCUCCUGCAAAAGUAACAAAAAAGAAAGAAUCCAAGAAAAAUAACAGGCCCCCAGAGGCUGUUAAAGCUGAAAAACCCGUUGACGUGUCUCGGUUAGACAUUCGCGUCGCAAAGAUACUAGAAGCCAAAGUUCAUCCAAAUAAUCCAAAAUCUUACGUGUCUACCGUAGACGUAGGUGACGAAUCGGGCGAGCCUCGCACAGUAGUAUCGGGUCUCGCCAGCUAUGUCCCUGUUGAAGAAAUGCAAGGCCGUCUGGUAGCUGCUGUUUGUAAUCUUAAAGCAGGUAAUUUUCAGGGCAUCAGAUCAUCUGCAAUGCUGCUGGCAGCAUCUUCGGCAGAUCGAUCAAUCAUCGAAUUGUUAGACAUACCAUCAGAUUCCAUUGUUGGCGAAGCGAUCACGUGGGAAGGAUAUGAACAAGCGCAAAGAGGAGCAGAGGAAUUUAAUCGAAAACAGCAGAUAUUUGAAAAAGUAGCCGAAAGCUUUACUCUUGACGAAGGGGGUGUAGCGGUGUAUAAAGAUAUACCUUUUAGGACGUCCAAAGGCGUUGUAACAGCAAAGUCGGUUCGUGGCGGAAGCAUUGGGUGA